CAGAAUGGGAUACUAGCUCCUGCUCCACUUCCUGUGAUAAACCAGAACGGAAGUUUCUGUGGGGAUGCCUAUAAACCACCAGAAAUCAGACUCUUCGGAGAUGGACUCUGACAUGUCACCUAGCUGCAGGCACAGUGACCUGAGCAGAGGUGGGAGUUUGGAGAGUCGGAGUAGCAGUUCUCGGUCCAGAAGUUUCACUUUGGUGAGUGAUGCUAACAAAUACUUCACAGAAGAAGAAGUAUGGCUCUUGACCAUCUUCGAAGAGACUCUCGAUUCCCUGGAAGACGACUUUGAGGAGCCAGUGCUGUGUGACAGCGGUGUGCACUGCCACUCUCCGCGGCAUCUGGGAAACAGCUCUUCCAGCCCCUCUGAACCUGAAGAUGUCAUCGACUUAGUGCACCCAGCACCUGCCACAGGGGACACUGAGCACCUUCCAGACGUGCCUCAGGCAGCAGGGGCUGGACCUGUUGGGGAGGAAGAUGUUCCUGUCCCUGAAUGCAGGAAACAAGAUGCUGAGAAUUCUCCACCGCCAGACUCCGUAUUUCCAGAGGCCUUUCCCCAGCCACCUUCCCUGCCUGGCACGCCAACUCCAGCCCAGCCCUGGAAAGAGCUGCUCCCCCCCACCCCCCCAGCAGAGCACCCAAAACUACCCCGCUCAGUUCCUACUCCUCUUGUUAUCGCUCAGAAAAUCUCUGAGAAGUUGGCAGGAAACGAAGGCCUUUCGCCCACAUCUCCCUCAAAGGAGGGCAGGCCCGGAGAGUGGAAGACACCAACUUCCUCAGCCCCUCGAAAUGGAGACCACCUCCUAUGGCACAGACACACGGCCCAGCCUGCACCCAAGCUCCACCGCUUCCCCAGCAACAUCAGCGUGACCAAUGGCCCGGGGAGGGACUUCAACAAGACCAUUUCCAAGGCGGCCGUCAGCGUGCAAGAGCGGAAAGCCCAGGUCUUGGCCAACAUCAACGGUGUCUCCUUCCUCAGCACGGCCGACGUGGAAGAGUGGUCUCAGAAGCGUGAUCUCACAGAGCAGAGGAGAAGCUUCUCUCCGGAGCCGGCAGCACGUGACCCAGUCAGGCCAGGCCUGGGCAGAGAAGCCGAAGGCCCACAGGCAGGAGGGCAGCUGGGGGGCCAGCAGUCCCGGGCCGUGCAGACUGAGCCACCCUCUGCGCUGGCCAACGGCUUCCAGAGCAUCCAUGACAUCCUAAAGAGCGAGCCCAGCCCCUUCGUGUCUUCUGGAAAGACCAUCACCUUCCGGCCCAACCCGGCCCUUACCAGCAAACUCGCCCAUCAACAGGCCACCACGGGCUUGUCCGAGCACCAGCAGCCCGACUGUGGCCAUGGUGGCAGGAGGCGCACAGGCUCCCUCCCUAGGGCUGUUGGCAUCAGACCCCAGGGCAUCACCGUCCAGUUCUCUGGCCGGGGCUCCACCGAGGAGGCCCGACGGGAGGCCCUGAGGAAGCUCGGACUGCUCAAAGAACACUUGUGACCUAGCCUGGGGCCAGGGAGCUGCAGGGCAGGCAGCCGGCAGAAGGGCUCGCACAGGCUUCUCUUUCCCCUCCCUGAAUAGAAGGGGCGAAAUGAGGUGUUAGCCCUGACACAGGGCUUGGCUCGCCCACGAAUCUAGGAGCUAGUGGGCCUGAAAGAGGCGAGCAGACUUGAAGAGCAGCGGCAACAGUCCCCAGCUGCACCUGCUGAGGGCCAGAGCCCACUCCCGUCCCCUGUAACCAGGAAAGCCUGUCAGCUGCCAUGACUUGCAAAUGCGACGUCUUUUGGAUCUGGGAGGAGGGGUUGGAUCUGAUUUGUCCUUCUUGAGUCUAUAAUCUAGCCUUUCAUCCCAAGUACAUAACAGGAAAGCCAGCUUAGAUGUCUUCUACUCAGGAUUUCCCCUCCUUUUCUAAGAAAAUAAAAAAGAAGUACUUGUUAAAUUUUUACAGUGUCUUAAUAAUACUUUUCUGGUUUUUUUGUUUGUUUUGAAGGGUGAAGGAUGGUACUUUAACCCUAGAUAUGCUUGUUUCUUGAUGUAAUUUGGUUUGCCCUCUUUUUUAAAUUGAAAAUUGAAGCGAAACCUUUAGAGUAUGAUUUAUUAUAAUUUCGAGUUGUGGGAGUAAAACAGAAAGACUGAGUUUGAAAAAGGUGUUAAUUUUGAGAAAACAAGUCUCAUCAGACUACAAGGUCUGUGUUACUGGGAUAUAUGUGUAUGAGCCUGUGUUGUGUGCAUAUAUGUACAUAACAUAUGUUUGACACAUGUUAACAUUAUACACAUAGGUAUUUGUGUGUGCACGCACAUUCAUUAUUACAUAAAUAUAAACUUCUGAAAACCCUAGUAACUAUAGAAUGCAAGCGUUUCCUAUUCUCUUGGUAGACACAGCCACCUCAACAUUGUGAUGGAUGAUAUUUCAAGAAAUUGUCACUUCCUAACGUGGAAGUCUUUUAAGGACACAUCUCCAUGAUACUUUGGUGACCCAAAAGUGCUUUUUCCUCAACAGUGUGUUCUUCUGUUCCCAAUUAAAGUCAUAUUCCCUGCUUCCAAAUAAGCAAAAUAGUUUCCUUUUUAGUGAAGAACAUUUUAAGAGGUUAAUCUCCUUUCAUUGAUCUCCUAAUUUUAGUUUUGCAUGUUCCAAGGUAGCUGGUAAUCAGAAGGAAACAGAAGAUUCUUAAAGAUCCCCAGUUGAUUCUGUUCCAUGAGCAAGAUCUCAGGAUUUUUUUAAAAGGAAAACGCAGAGAACUAGGUUACACAGCAUGAAAAGAACUGGUUUUCUCCCAGACUGAGUCUUACACGCUGAGCUGUGGCCACAAGCAUCACUAUCAAAACUAUUUAAGGCUGGAGUCGUAAACCUCUAAAAAUAGAAGAAGUCACGCCCUUCUGUGCCUUUCGGCCAGCCCUGAACAAAGUUUGUUUCUUCCCUGUUGAGAAUUACUUAAAUUCAAACUUUUAAUUGUGCUGUGAAGGGCAUUUUUCAUAAUAUUCUGUUUGCCUUGUAAGUUACAUAAGAUGAAUGAUUGUAACUUUUUCCCUAGAACUUCAGUAUUUAGUGUCUUGUCCUGCUCUUGUUCUCAUGAAAUAAUCUCAUGGUUUCUUGAUGAGCUUAAUUUAAGUAGGUGCUUUUAUUUUAAGGCUUUUAAAAGUAGUUACUUUUAAUUUUACUCCUGUUUAUGCUGGACUUGUUUAAAGGAUUGUUAUGUUUCCUUUUUACAAAAUGACACACCAUACACAGUGUUUAAUAAUAGAGGUCUUGAUACGCUAACUUUUUAAAUAUUCUUUAUAUAUGAGGAUUAUUUCUUUUUUCUUUAUCCUAUGAUUUCUUUGUGAGUAGGGUGAACUUGACUGUAUAUUAGUAUGUUUGUUUUCACAAUAACAUUUUUGAAAAAUAAACUAGAGUUUUACCUUCAGUACAAUCAACUUUGUUUUCAUGUUAUGUACUAUAUUCUCAAUUACUCUCUUUUAAAUGGUUAUAUCUUUUCCUUCUAUUUAUUCAUAAUUUCUUUUAUUUAUUCAUAAUUUUAUUGACUGUUACUCUGGUCAUUUCUUGUGCUCAAACCCUAGUAAUUAAAGCCAUAUGUUUUGUGUGAGGUUCAAAUUAUAGCUGCUAAUGAACUGACCUGUACAUGUAUGUAUUAUGUUAACAAAAGAUCUAGUUUGCUGAGGGGCAUUAGUUUCUUUACUAUAACAUAACCGUGUGACGUGAUGCUCUUGUCACCUGGCUCAAGGUAACUCGAAGGGUCAUAUUUCAAAGAAAAAUUGUAAUGAAAAGGAAAGAUGGAUCCCAAGAGCUCAGGUUUUUUCCAAGUGAUGUGUGAAAAUCAGUCCCCAUUCUUGUGAAGCUCUUUGUCUUAAUAUUUAAAAUAAGGGGAAAAAAAUUCUUCUUUGCUUUUAGGAAGGUGUGUACAAAUGGCCAAGCUAGAGUCUCAUCUGCAGAGGGUAAUUUGCAGUUAGCAGUAUGACAACAUGAGGUAUGAGUUUCUUCAAAAAGUUCAUGGCAAAAUGGAAUUAAAAGAUAAUGCCUCUCAGUGAUGAAGAAGCUUCUGGUUUGCCUGACUGUCGUGGACUCCAUGUAACUUUAAAGUUAAGGGGAGAAAAAGAAAAUGAUCCGAAACUCGCACAGUGGAAGAAAUGGCCCAGCAAAAAGCGGUCUGCCCUGAAGUACAGCUGACGAGGAAAGAGAGACAGCUUUCACUUAACAGCCUGUGGAAACUUCUUGCUUUGUUUUAGAAUGAUCCAUAAUUAUCACUGGGGGGAAAAUGGGUCUGCAGUGAAAGACCAGCUCUCACUAGAAGUCUCUCCAUGGUGGCUACAUAUCACCCAGGUUUUGUACAUUAUUUCUUCAGAUUUUAAGAAUCGAAGCUACUUCUAUGGGGGGAAAAAAAGAUAAGAUGAAUCUGCCCAUGAGCUUCUGAAGACCCCUUGUGUCUGCUCCAGUUCCUUCCUCCUCCUUAUCCCCUUUCUGAUACUUGGUUUCUGAUGUGCACACUUAUCUUCACAAAACAGGCAGAAAUCUUAAUCCUUGCUCCCCACCCCCAUCCCACACCCCAGGUCACACCGUCUCCCAGAAGCUGGUUGAGAAGAAAAGGCGCAGGCAGGAAGCUGAGUCGGGGGGCUGCCCGUCAGGGAAUCAUGAGUGCGACAUCCCCACGGCGUUUCCUAGCAGAGCUACCUGGGCUCCUGCAGCCGGACCCGACUCGGCCACCUGGGCUCUCUGCCCCUUUCGGGACUGCACCAGCUGACCUCUGCCAUAUGCGAGUACUUCAGAGAGUGUGUGGAGAAGCAGAAUUAAGAGAACGUGAAUCUCUCCAUGAACUUUUUGAAGUGUCCUCCUACAGGAUUCUUCACUGCAAGUUCCUAGUGGGCAGCUCCUGCUGUAAGGUGCCUGUUUGAAACUGGCUUUCCAGAAGAGCUUACUGGAGUUGAUAAAUGAGGCCUAUGGAACCCUUAGGAUUGACCUUUUUAUUUUAAAAAAAUCAGAAAUAAUUUACUCUUAUCAAAAAACUUGUAAAUGUCGUGCUAAUGUUUUUCUAAUGGCGAGACCCGUAAUGAAGACGUUCCUCUGUGAGUGUGUUUCAUCACUGUGACAUGGCAAGGUUAAUAAACUUUUUUCUCCUAAA